UUAUGCCCAUUUGCACCAACGUUAGCAGUAAGCAUUGCUUAGCUAAGCAAUUCUUAAAAGUAACUACUUCUUAAAUUGUACAGUUGUUGCACCGUCACUGCUUAGACUCUACUUAACCAAGUAAUACUUAGUUGGGGAAUUGUGUAAAAGUUUCAUUUCUAUUGGCAACACUGACGUUUGUUGUUAUUGGAACAUCAAAAAUUUUAGGUUAGUUUGUUGUGUGUACGACAGUCAUUGACACCGCGCGUGUGUAGUUGUGAUAUUGUUGAAUUAAUUUUAUGUGGUGUUGAAUGUGUGUUUAAAAAAUGGAUGUGUUCGACGCGUACGAGGAUGACUUAGAAGUCAUUGAAAUUGUUGAGAUGGGAAUUCCACGGCAGAUGUACACUAGAGCUGAUCAUUUCUAUGGUUUACCAGAGCUUCAAUUUUUCCAAAGAUUUCGACUAACAAAACCAACAGUUUUACAUUUAUUAACGUUAAUUGAAGAACGCUUGGAAUUUCCUACAGACAGAAAUCAGGCGGUGUCACCUAUAAAUCAGCUGCUUACUACAUUACGAUUCUUUGCAAGCGGGGGCCAUUUGAGUACAGUAGCGGACUAUAUGGGAAUGCACAUCUCAACUGUGUCGAGAAUAAUUAGACGUGUAUCGGACGCUAUAGCAAGACUUUACCUGCGUUUUAUUAAGAUGCCCCAAACUCUCAUGGAGCAAAGGCUUAUUCAAAAUGGUUUUUUUGACAUCGCGAGAUUCCCUAGAGUGAUUGGGGCCAUUGAUUGCACUCAUCAAAAUUGAAUCACCAGGUAAAGA